AUGUCACACCAGUGGGUUGAAGAUGAUGGUGAUGUGCCACCAAGAGUCAGUCGUGUGGGUUGCUCUGGACCACAAAGUCUUCAAAGCUACAUCAUGUACCACGGCACCACCAGGCAGGCUGCUCAGUUCAUUUUGACCACAGGUUUUCGCCAGUCUUCAGACGGGAUGCUUGGCCGUGGUGUCUACCUCAGCAGAGACCUGGAGAAAGCCAGACGCUAUCCCAUUGGUCACCCUGAGGACGACAAGGUGGUCAUCAAGGUCGUGGUCAACGUAGGGAGAGUGAUCGCCAUAAGGUAUCAAGGCCACCCACGUCAGAAGACCUGGCAUGACCCCGCUUAUGGCCAGGUGUAUGACACUGCCUGGGUUCCUCCCAAUUGUGGAAUGGUGUCAAGUGGCCUGGAGGAAAAUUGUAUCUGGGAUCCAAAUCAAAUCCAAAUCAUCAAAGUCAUCUGCCCUCGCCCGACACCCAAUUCCUCUGUCAACACAGAUGAAUUAUUGGCAAUCGGUGCUGCUGGAGUUCUUGCUGCUGCUACAACUCUACUGCUAACACUUAGGAGCUGA